AUGAUCAAGCAGUUUUUCGAAACGAUCAAUCCGCUUAAUGGUUUUGGUGGGAAAGAAUCGUUGGAGACCUACAUGUGGGAGCAGUCUUUGAAGCUGGAACCAAAAGAUCCGGACAAAAUGGAAUUCACUAAACCUUCGAGGCCUUCUCAUGUACUGAAGUCACCGGGUAUUAAGCCACCUAAGGGCAUUUCGUCAGCGCCAUCAACUAGUGGGCCGUCAAAUCAUUACUCUGGUUUUCGCGCAAGUGGUCGAGGCUUCUCUUCACUGAACAACUAUAGCCCGAGUGUAUCGCAUUCACCAGACACACCGCGUCCAAAUUUUUUAUCAAAUUCUGAAGAUCGAAAUUCACACCUUGGUAUGGUUGAAAUUAUUCCAGGUCAGCAACCACGAUAUCUUGGCGAUGCGAAACGUGGUGCCCAGUCAACGGUCAAUUUGCCAACGGAGCCAAGAGCGCCGGCAAUAAUGCCACGGACAAAACACCGUAGCGAUAAAGCGUCGUCUACACCACCGAGUCCGCAGACCUCGCAGAAUUUAAACGACGACAGUACUGCGGAUCCGCCGCCGCCGCCGCUUUAUCCGCGAAAAAUGUCACCACAAGCACCACCUCCACCUCUCAAAGUAUCCACUCAUGUAUCUUCAGCAGCCAGUGGCCCCGUUCCGCCACAUUCCGCGCCAUUCUGCUGCCCGCAUUUCGAACGCCCCGAUUUAUUCGUUUUUCCACCACACGAUGCGAAUGCUAUGUGUUCAGUCGCAGAUCGGGCGAAUUUCCCGACUACUGCGUCAGUGCCAGAAUCAACAGUUCCUGUAGUACCACCAAGAAAGAAGGCCGAGCAGCUGCCAUCACCUUUAUCGGACGACACUCUACGAAUUGUUUGGAACGAGUUGGUCUUUUCAAACAUCUGUAUUAUUAACAUAUUCCCGCAAGUCAUUCAAAUGUGCUUGCCAUGCAGGGCAUUUUUAUCCCUCGCUUUAAAACCACUAAGAAUGUCUAGGUCCUGGGAUUUUGGAUGGGAAAAGGCUUAUUUGAGCGCUGGUAAGUAUAGGAGAGGGAGAGGCUCAUGUCCUGCAGCGAGUUUUAGAUUGGAGGGAGAAAGUGGCUUUUUUAUUGUAACAUUCCUGUUGAGGAUUAUUAUUCUUAUUUCGAUCUUCUCAUACACCGUUAUAAUUAUCAAACCACUCUAUAUCAUAACUGUCUUGUUAGUGGAUCAACUGAGUGAUGUUACUGUUUCGAAUUUUAUAUUUACAAAAGCCGUUACUUGA